CAAACCAAAAGCGUGACGUGGAACACACCAUUAUGCAUCAUCGGCUCAUCGGUGUGUCCACCUGUGGUAAAGUUCAAGUGGUAUUGCUACAGGCAAGGAACAACCCAACCCUAUCUAAAAGCGUCGGUCUUGUAUGAAAGCAGCCGAAGACAAGAACAGUCCGAAAGAGCUUGAUUUUGAAGCACGUGGCCCGUCAUCGAUAACCAGACACAACGAGAGGAAUGGCCACCACCGGAGAGAACGGCCAGAAUGGGCCGACAACCACCACCACCAUCCCCACCAUCCCCACCACCACCACCAUCCCCACCACCACCACACACGGCCGGAAAAGGCCUCGAGCGACUCAGCUGGUGGAGGCAGGGGACUCUGAGGACAGAGAGGUGGAGGACUUGAUGGGGGCCGUCUCUCGACCGCCGCCCCUACCCAUGGUCAUGCAGGGCCUCAGUCUCUCGUGGUUCGGCCAGUGCGCAUCUACGCCGACGGCAUCUAUGACAUGUUCCACACGGGCCACGCUCGGCAGCUCAUGCAGGCCAAGAUGGCAUUCCCCCAGGCCUACCUUAUCGUUGGCGUGUGCAGUGAUGAACUCACCUAUAAAAUGAAAGGACGCACGGUGAUGAACGAGACGGAGCGUUAUGAGGCCGUCAGACACUGCCGGUACGUGGAUGAGGUGGUCACUGAGGCUCCCUGGACCCUCGACCCAGCUUUCCUGGAGGAUCACAAGAUUGACUUUGUUGCCCACGAUGAACUGCCUUACACCACUGGCUCAGCUGAUGACGUGUACAAGUUUGUCAAAGAGAAAGGAAUGUUUCUGGCCACUCAGAGGACGGAAGGCAUCUCCACUACAGACGUCAUCACACGCAUCAUCAAGGACUACGACUUGUACGUUCGGCGAAACCUGGAGCGUGGCUACUCUCACAAAGAGCUGAACGUCAGCUACAUGAAGGCCAAGCGGCUCAAGUUCAAGGACAACUAUGAGAAGCUGGAGAACAAGUUGAAGGACAAGGGCAAAGACCUGAUGGGCAAGUGGAAGGAGCAGGUUGGCAAAGGCAACGAGAUGCUGCACCGCUGGGAGGAGAAAUCCAAGGAGUUCAUUGGCAACUUUGUCGAGAUGUUCGGCCGCGAGGGAAGACUGACGCAGUGGUUCCAGGAGAACACAGCUCGGAUUGGCAGAGCCAUAUCCCCAUCGGCGUCUCCCCUCUACGACUCGCCUCCCUCACCUUCGACCUCUGACCCCGACCCGGCAAGCAGCCCACCCCUGAAGCGAGGUCGCUACACCCCUCCCCUCUUGGCUGAUGACCCUUCAGAUGAUGAAUACGACUAGAGCCGUAGUCCACGGCGACCUGUUUGUCUGUUGCUGUCUUUUUUUUUCUAGCAUGGCUUUCAUUUUUCUUACCGUUCAUCAAACAUUUCAUUUUCACAUAUCAUUUCCCUUACAUCUUUUCUGAAGAAUGUCGUUUUGAACAGAAAUGCUUCUGGGUUUGUUAAGAGGACUCUCAUUUUUAAUUUUUACUGCCCUGAAAUUUCAUAUUCAUACAUGAGGCUAUUUUUCUUGUGUUUAUUAUUAACUCAAUGCCUAUGUGCCUAUUUGGUCUUACCAACUAUGUAUGUAUGUAUGUAGUUUUGGUGUUUUUUUUUAUUGAGGUGUGCUUGAUUUUACUAUGUUAUAGAAUGUUACCACCAACUUUCUUAAGUUCACAUAUGUGUAGUAUAAUGUAACUUUUCAAAGUGAGUUUAAUUGAUAUCUCUCUCUCUCCCUCUUCCCCUCUCUCUCUCUCAUUCUCCCUCUCUCUCUCUCUCUC